AGGUUUUUUAACGUUUACGACUGUUUGCUUUACAGGUCGUAAAACACAAAAAAAAACCACCAAAAACAAGAAAACAAGAACUGUCACACACGAACACAAAAAAUGAAUAAACAGCGCAUUAGGGGUGAGUCGUUCAAGCAGGAGUAUCAAGCUGCUGGGCGCCAUCGCGCCAACCGUAAACGCGACCCUUCGAUGAACAAAACAGAUCCGCAUCUCGUUAUUGCACCUCAAGCUGAUGUUUAUCAAGGUAAACUUGUUCUUGUGUUAGACCUUGAUGAAACGCUCGUUUUUGCUCGUAGCGGUCCGCUUUAUGCUCGUCCGGGUAUUCCCGAGUUCUUUCAAAUGUGCAAGGACGAGGGAAUAGAAGUCGUUGUAUGGACUGCAGGCUUGAAAGCGUAUGCGCAAGCAAUUGUUUCGAAUAUUGACUCGUGCAACGCUGUUUCGCACUGCAUUUAUCGGCACAACAAGUGGUUCAACGGUCAGCCAGGUUACCGAAAGGACUUGAACGCUCUCGGCCGUCCUCUUGACAAGGUCCUUAUAGUCGAAAACACACCCGACUGCAUUCGCGGUUACCAGGAUAACGGUAUUCUUGUAGCCGACUACGAAGGUGGUGAUGGCGAGGACAAUACGCUCUACGCACUAGCGGAUUUGGUCAAGCUCUUGAGCAAGAGCAAUUUGACGGUGCCUCAGUUUGUCUCCGGUUCCAAGAUGCUGAAGCGUGAGCCGGUUAUGACUGAUGUUGGUGAUUACAUUAAUGCGUACACCCUCGACGUGAACUGCUACGAUCCUGAACAUGUUCGUGUAAACCGUGAUUUGGCACAAAAUCAAACGAAUUGA